UAUGUCAACAAAUGACACAAUCAAAAAGUGUUUUGGUUUGGUAUUUCGAUUUUACCCAAUCACAAGAAAAUAGCUUGUCCCCCAUUAAAUGACUGUAAGGGUAUAAAAGAGCCCCUUGAUUCCUAAUUAUCUUAAACCCUAAUUAAUAACCCGCCCAAAUGGCCACCGUAAGCGAUUUACGAAUAGCGGUGAUAUGUUCGAGUAACAUGAACCGAAGCAUGGAAGCCCAUGCUUUCUUAGCCAAAAAAGGCUUCUUAGUCCAAUCGUUCGGUACCGGGGAAAAGGUGAAAAUCCCCGGGUCUGCCGCAGACAAACCCAAUAUAUACGAAUUCGGCACCUCAUAUGAUGACAUCUACCAUGACCUCUUAGAAAAAGACAAAUCCUUGUACACCCAGAACGGUCUUCUACACACCCUCGACAGGAACCGUAGAAUAAAAUCCCAUCCGGAAAAGUUCCAAGAUAACAAAGAGAAAUUUGACAUUUUAAUUACUUGCGAGGAGCGGGUUUACGAUCAAGUGUUAGAAUAUAUGGAAAAUAAGACUCCAUCAGACAAUUCAAUUGUACAUGUAAUAAAUAUUGAUAUUCAAGAUAAUUUGGAGGAAGCGACUAUUGGGGCAUUUUUAAUAAGUGAUAUGUGUAUGCAUAUUGCCACAGCUGAAGAUUUGGAUAAUGACAUUGAGGAGGUGUUACACUCGUUUGAGGAAAAGUGUCAGAGGCCCAUACUACACAGCAUAGUGUUUAACUGAAUAACUCCCCUAUUUAAGAAUCAAUAAAGUGUUAGUGUAACUUUUAUUUGUGAUGGUGUAAAUAGGUCUUAUUUAGUUAUAUAUUACAUAUAUUUUUGCUAUUUAUUUUAAGGUCUAAUGUGUUAAGAAUUUAUAUGCAGGUUGGAUUAGUUUGAAAAUAAAACUAAUUGCAAGCA